AUGUCAUCCCGACCGCGCCGUGCGACGCGCCGGCAGGCCAUCGUCGACUCGUCCGACGAUGAGGACGUCGCCAACACUACCGUCAAGGUCGAAGAUGAAGAAGAUUUCGAACCAGAGCCAUCUCAAAGCCCAGUGCGACGACCAACUCGGUCGCGAAAGAGCGCCGCUGCAUCAACUGCCGCAUCUACCCCGACUCCCACGACAGCAGCACCGCGUAAGAGAGGUAGACCGAAGAAGAAUGCCGAGGCUUCAGUGGUCGCAGACCAAUCGACUGUCGAGCCUACGCCCAAGACCGAGGAGCCCGACAACACCACGGUCUUGCAAGAUGCCCCUCUCGCAGACGAACCCGUUUCCACCAUCGAACCGAGUGAAAUGCUCGACGCCGACCAGACCGCUGCGACAGUCGAGCAGGAGAACACCCCCAAGAAGCCUUCGCCCACUCCCAGGAAACCGAGAAAGAGCGCCGCGCCGCGUGCCUCGAACAAGUCUGCAACGCCCGAGAUGGCCACCCCUCUCUCGAAGCCUAAGCCAUCGGGCUCGCCUCAGCGCGAGUCGUCACAGCGCCGUAGCGAGCCGCUGGCCGACAUCACCAAUGCUAGCGUCAACGAGCAAAGGUCCGCUGUCGACGAGACGCCAGAGACCCCGGCUACCGUCAAGCCUAUUCGUGCCAUGGACACAAUCAUGGAGAAGCCCAUGGACAUUGUGCUCAAGUCGCGAACUAUGGCGGUCCCCGUCGUCGAGGACACGACUCCGAAGCCCCGCCUAGUCAUCACAUACCUGAUCUUGACCAACUUCAAGAGUUACGCCGGGCGUCAGGAAGUCGGUCCUUUUCACGGCUCCUUCUCAUCUGUCGUUGGCCCCAACGGAUCUGGAAAGUCCAACGUUAUCGACUCCCUGCUCUUCGUUUUUGGAUUCCGCGCCAGCAAGAUGCGUCAGGGCAAGCUAUCUGCUCUGAUCCACAACUCCGCCCAGUAUCCUAAUCUGGAUCACUGUGAGGUCUCCGUGCACUUCCGGGAAGUCAUGGACCAGCCCGGCGGCGGUCAUGAAGUCAUCCCUGACUCUGAUCUCAUCAUCUCGCGAAAGGCUUUCAAAAACAACUCCAGCUCAUACUUCAUCAACGGAAAGAACUCCAACUUCACCACGGUGACGACCCUCCUGCGCGACCGCGGCAUCGAUCUCGACCACAAGCGAUUCCUCAUCUUGCAGGGUGAAGUCGAGUCCAUUGCUCAGAUGAAGCCCAAGGCUGCCAACGAGCACGAUGACGGCCUUCUCGAGUACCUCGAGGACAUCAUCGGCACUUCCAAGUACAAAACACCAAUCGAAGAGGCUGCGGCUGAAGUGGAAAGUCUCAAUGAGACCUGCAUGGAGAAGAGCGGCCGCGUCCAGCACGUGGAGAAGGAAAAGAACAGUCUCGAGGACAAGAAGAAUAAGGCGUUGGCGUACAUUCGCGACGAGAACGAGUUGACCAUCAAGCAAUCCGCUCUCUACCAACUUUACAUCAGCGAGUGCAACGACAACGUCGCCGUCACCGAAGAGGCCAUCAGUCAGAUGCAAGCUCAGCUCGACGAAGAACUGGAGAAGCAUCACGGCAGCGAGAAGGUCAUCAAGGAGUUGCAGAAGGCGCACUCUCAAGUCAGCAAACAGCACGAGGCCGAAUCCAAAAAGACCGAGGCCCUUGUUAAGGAGAUGGCCAAGUUCGAACAGGAACGUGUCAAGUUCGACGAGAAGAAGAAGUUCCUCAACGACAAGCAGAAGAAGCUCGAAAAGACGAUUGCCAAUGCCGAGAAGAAUGCGACUGAGGCCGAAGAAACGAUUGUCGAGUGCGGCGAGGAGAUUGAGAGCCGCGCCAAGGAGAUUGCCUCUUUGGAAAUCCGUGUCCAAGAAGAAGAGGCAGAGCUUGCGACCAUACGCGAGGGCCUCAAAGGGAAAACUCAAAAGUUCUCUGACCAAAUCGCCGUCAAGCAAAAGUCCCUCGAGCCCUGGAAGGAGAAGGUCAACCAGGUCCAGUCCGCAAUCGCUGUUGCCGAGAGCGAGAAGACCAUUCUCGAGGAGAAGGCUAACGCUGGUGCCGUGGCUAUCUCUGAGACGGAAGCCAAGAUCGCGGCCAUCGAAGACCGUCGGGCGGCCAAAAUGGAGGAGCUCAAGGAAUGCCAGGCUGAGAAGGCCAAGCUGGAGCAAGAAGCAAAGGAGGUCGAACAUGAGCUUACCCGCUUCAGUGCCCAUGAGCCCAAGAUCCGCUCCAAGGUGUCCAAUGCCAGACAGAAGGCCGACGAAGCUCGCUCAAGUCUGUCUAAGACGCAGACUCAGGGCAACGUUCUGACUGCUUUGAUGCGCAUGAGGGAGUCUGGUCGUAUCGAUGGCUUUCACGGAAGACUCGGAAACCUGGGUGCCAUUGACGAGAAGUACGACGUCGCCAUCUCGACUGCUUGCGGUGCGCUCCACAACUUUGUCACCGAUACGGUUGAGGCUGGUCAGCAGUGCAUCGAGUACCUGCGAAAGACCAAUUUGGGUCGUGGCAACUUCAUGUGCUUGGACAAACUCAGAGUUCGAGACAUGAACCCGAUUCAGACGCCCGAGAAUGCGCCUCGUCUCUUUGAUCUAGUGAACCCCAAAGAAGAGAAGUUCCGCCCUGCCUUCUAUCACGCCCUGCAAGAUACUCUGGUUGCCAAAGACCUCGCUCAGGCGAACAGAAUUGCCUACGGUGCCAAGAGAUGGCGGGUGGUGACUCUGGCUGGAGAGCUUAUCGACAAGUCCGGUACCAUGUCCGGUGGUGGUAACACUGUCAAGAAGGGACUCAUGUCUUCUAAGCUCGCUUCCGACACUACCAAGGAACAGGUUACCAAGCUUGAAGAGGACCGCGACGUGCUUGAAGAGAAGUAUCAAGACUUCCAGGAGCAACAGAGAGAGCUCGAGAACAGGUUUCGCGAUCUGAAUGAGCAGAUUCCGCAGCUCGACACCAAGAUGCAAAAGAUCAACCUCGAAAUCGAGAGCGCUGCUAGGAAUCUCGCAGACGCGCACCGCCGCAUCAAGGAGUUGAGCAAGGAGCACCAGCCAUCGGCAUCAGACGACAAGCGCAUUGCCGCUCUCAGCAAGGAAAUUGCCAAGCUCAACAAGGAGCUCGAGAAACUCCACGACGAAACCUCCGGUGUCGAGGAGGAGAUCAAGGCCCUGCAGGACAAGAUUAUGCAGGUUGGUGGUGAGAAGCUUCGUCUUCAGAAGGCAAACGUCGACGCUUUGAAGGAAGAGAUUGCCUCGCAGAACGAAGAGACCUCCAACGCCGAGGUUCGCAAGGUUAAGGCCGAGAAGCAGAAGACGAAGCUCGAAAAGGACCACGCCAAGGCGACCAAGGAGCUUGAGGCUGCGAUCCGUGACCUUGAGAAGCUGGAGAACGAGGUCGAGAACCAGGGCGAAAAGGCAGAAACAUUCCAAGCUCAGGUCGACGAGGCCGAAGAGGGUUUGGCAGCGAAGAAGAGCGAGCUGUCAUCCCUCAAGGCUGAGCUCGACGAGAAGACAUCAGAGCUCAACGCCACACGUGCUCUUGAGAUCGAGAUGCGUAACAAGCUCGAGGAAAACACGAAGGUCCUGCAAGAGAACCAGAAGAGGCUCAUGUACUGGAAUGACAAACUCAACAAGCUCACGCUUCAGAACGUGGACGAUCUUACUGGUCCAUCCAAUGCAGCUUCCAGGCGGACCCCUGCGCCCACGCCAAAGAAGGCACCUUCCGAGGGCGACGAAGACGAGGAGGGCGAAGAGAACGACGACACUGUUGUUCGGGCCGAAGCCGACCAAUCUCUUCAGUCUGCCGUUGCCGAUGAGGCUGACGAAGACGAAGAAGCCGAGGGCGAUCAGCCUGCCACGCAGCCUUCAGAACUGCCAGUGUACACCCCAGACGAGCUGGCUGACAUGAGCAAGGAGAAGCUCAAGGGCGAAAUCGCCGCCUUGGAGGAGAAGACGCAAAACGUCAACGUGGAUCUUGGUGUUCUUGCCGAGUACCGCCGCCGCGUUGACGAGCACGCCCAGAGAUCAUCUGACCUGCAGAACGCUGUUGGUCAGCGUGAUGCUGCCAAGAAGCGCUGCGAUGAACUCCGCCGCCUGCGUCUCGAAGGCUUCAUGGAGGGUUUCAGCACCAUUUCACUCCGGCUGAAGGAAAUGUACCAGAUGAUCACCAUGGGUGGUAACGCCGAGCUUGAGCUUGUCGAUUCUCUCGACCCCUUCAGCGAAGGCAUCCUCUUCAGUGUCAUGCCUCCCAAGAAGUCAUGGAAGAACAUCAGCAACUUGUCCGGUGGUGAGAAGACGCUCAGCAGUUUGGCCCUGGUCUUCGCUCUGCAUCACUACAAGCCGACGCCUCUGUACGUCAUGGACGAGAUUGACGCCGCGCUGGAUUUCAGAAACGUCUCGAUCGUCGCAAACUACAUCAAGGAGCGCACGAAGAACGCCCAAUUCGUUGUCAUCUCGCUCCGAAACAACAUGUUUGAGCUGGCCGCCCGUCUUGUCGGCGUCUACAAAGUAAAUCACAUGACGAAGAGUGUGACGAUCGAAAACCAGGACUACAUCGUCCGCACCCGGCAGGUGCCCCCGGGUAGUCAGGCGACGCAGCAAACAGCAGCAGCAAGAUAG